CUUGUCACACAUGUUUGAAAAUCUCCAGUUGAAUGUUAUGAUGUUGCGAAAGUAUUACUCUCAGAACUUGUACAUACCAGGCAAAUAUAUUAAUUUCCUGUAUUUUUUAUCGCAUCAAACGUGAUGGAAGCUUCAGGAAUACAAUGCUGUCAUGGCUGCACGUUAACUAGCUAGUAAGUAAGCGUAACCUAAACGUUUGUUCUGUCUGCCUGCGUGGUUGAAUAUAACUUUUCAAGGAUUGUUGAAGGGCCAUUAAGCAUGUUCACUUACUGUGUAAGAAGACUUAUCUUAAAAAAUGAGAAUAUGCCUAAAACGUCACUGGACCGGAUAGCCCUCGCUCUGCAGCGAGGCAGGGACCACAGUUCUGCAGCAGGGUCUCACGCUGAAGAUUCAGACCGCAUUGAAACAUUGUUGAAACUAUGUACGGCGAGGUUUUACAUCGCGUCUGGUCAGGUUCAGAAAGAUUCCUUUCAGCGUGGCGCAGCCUGCGUUUAUGGACCUCUUGGAAUGGAACUGAGGAAGAACAUACUGGAGCAAUGGUGGAACUCAGUGGUGAGUUCCAGGGCACAAGUGUUUGGCAUAAGCACUCUACACACCAGCAGGGAAGGACCGUUUAAAGUCGUUGACAGUCAAGCCAUACAAGAAGUGCUGAACCAGAGAGAACUGAGCAAGGACCAACUUGUUCAGCAGCUAAAUAUGCGAUUUCAGAGCCAUUACUCUGCCCGAACAAGUCUUCUCCAAGGUGCAUUGGAACAGUAUGUGUCCUUAUUGGAGCUGGUAAACAGAAGGCUUCCUUUUGGCCUAGCAGAGGCGGGACUGUGCCUGCAGCCCUCAGAUGCACCUGGUUGCCCAGCUGAGGUCACCCAGUCCUCGCUGGCUUGGUUCUGCAGUCCCCGCACCUCCUCCCAGUGGCUGGACUACUGGGCGCGCCAGAGACUGCAGUGGUGGAGGAAGUUUGCCCUCGGCCCGUCAGACUUCAGCAGCGGCGACGUAACCGAGGAAGAGCUGGGCGGUGGGGCGUCUCGUGGCGUCAAGAUCGUCUACGGUUUUCCAUGGGGCCCUCAGCCCCUGGAGACGCUGCUGAGCCUGGGAGACACGCAGCUGCUGCAGACACACGGCGGCUCUCGCACUAAACUCCACUGUCGUGAUGGAAGGAAGUCCGUGGUGCCUCAUGUCCUCUCAGUGACAGGCAACAUGGACCGGGGACUGCUGGCGUACAUGUACAACUCACUACAGCAGGUUGAUAAAGUUGACAGCAAGCAGAAACUACUGCAGAGAAAGGUUUUGAAGCUGCAUCCGGUGUUGGCUCCAGUAAAAGUGGCUUUAGACAUGGGAAGGGGAGCCACAGUGGAACGAAGACAGGUGUGUGAAGGCUUGCUACAAGAGUUUCUGGAAGAUGGAAUCUCAGCAUGGCCUGGAUACCUGGAAGCUAUGCCAAGCUCCUUGGAGCAGCUGAACACCAAGUACGAUGAGAUGGGGGUGCUCUUCAGCGUGGUGAUCGGUGAGAACACUCUGGAGAGCGGCCUUGUGCAGGUACGCAGCCGGGACACCACCGUCAAGGAGACCAUGCACAUCUCGGAGGUCAAGGACUUUGUGUCUAGAUACAUAUCUGCAGCGGAUAACAUCUGAAGAAGACCCAAAACUGGAGGUCCAGGAGAAGUGGGCGCAGUGGAAAAGAUUGUCGGUGCUUUGUAGACAUACCUCAAACUAUUUUGUGCAUUUUAAUAAAUUGGAAGUUGUUUCUAA